AUGGCUCUUGAAGAAAGGCAGUAUAGGUUUGAAGGUGAGAGGUUCCUUCGACAGAUUCUUGCGAAGAAUGUUAAUAAUAAGAAAUUGUCUCUGAUUGUAGAGUUUCCCGUUGGAAAGAUCGAGGACAUGAUUCAGCGUAUGAUUCAAAUCUACGAGCCUGCUAUACUCGUGGUCGGUACUCGUGGUAGGUCUAUGGACGGUUUCAAAGGUCUUUUAUUACCAGGUUCAGUAUCAAAAUACUGUUUACAACACUCUCCAGUUCCAGUUAUUGUAGUACGAGGCAUUCAAAAGCUGGCGAAAAGAAAGGCUAAGAGAGAUGCCGACCCGGCUCGUCGAGCCUAUCGUGAGAUGCUUUAUCAAGCUCAACUACCCGCUAUGAAAUUAUAUCCACAGGGUAGCACCGGUAAACAGCUGGCUCCUACAAUUCCCGCAUUCCUUCGUCCUGAUCAUUACGGCAGUCGUUCAGCAACUCCAUCACGGCCAUCAACACCUGCUGGUCACUAG